AGGAAAUUGACCAAAGAUGAUCUUUUUUUUUCUAAACAGAAAGAAAGCUGUGAGAGCUGCUGUAAUAAAAAAGUGGCCAGGAAAUGACCUACCAAAUUUCAAGAAAAAUCAAUCUCAGCUUAAAGUCUUACACGAGUUGGUUGAAGAAUUAGAGGAAGAUUGCACAUAUAUGACAGUGGGCUUUAACAUAGAAGCCAUCCGUAAGCACAUCUUGGACAUUUUAAAUGAACGGCGCAGACAUGUUAGAAAUGGACAUGAUUAUACAAAGGUAUGACCAUGUUUUUUUUUUGGAUCCUGUGUUUGUAGUUAUGCACCCAUAGGUAAAUUACAUGGUUUACUUGACAGGUGGAUAAGGCUAAGAAGAAGCAAUCAGCUCAGGUGGCUUCAUGUAAACCAGAUGAUACACAAACUGAAAAUGAUGAGUGUACCCAGCCUGAAAACAGUGAUGGUGGUGAUACUGAAGAUGUGCGUUCAUCUGAUGAUAGCCAGUCAUGUAGCAGUGCUUCUUCCCCUUCAGCCUCAAUACUGCCCUCAUCUGAGGAUGAUGAGAGCAAUAAAGGUAUUUUUGGACUGUAUUUACUAUUUGCCAGACUUGAAACAGAGUCCUCAUUUCUUGGAAAAUAAAGGAAUGGACACCCAAAACAGCACAAAAAUAUUUCAGUGAAUGAUACUCAACUUCAUCGUCUCAAUGCCUUCUUUUUCAUGUUGCUACAAAAUCAUGCUCCACACAUUUUAAAAAUCAAGGGCAUAACCUCUUGUAUCAUUUUUUGCUACUGUCCAAAAAACAAAAAAUUGCAACCUUUUUUUUACUCUUUGUUGACUUGCAGUUUCUUAAAAAAAAUAUACUCAAAUAGAGGCCUUAUUCACUCACAACUGUUUUUGUUAUUGUAAAAAAAAUUGACUCCAUUUUUCUAUUGUUUGUACUGUUAUUGAUCAUAGAAAUGAUGGCAUAAAAUAUUGAAAACUUUCAAAACCACCGAGUUUUGAACAUUUUAUGACGUCAUUUCUAUGAUCAAUAAGAGAACAGACAAUCCCUGUGGUGAUAUCAAUGUUGGAAGCAGUUCCCAAGAUAUGGUCCCUCUUACUUGGUAGGGUUAAAUUAAUAUUAUAGCUUACUAUAGGGAGUGGGGUUAACUAUAAUUAUAAUAGUGCCAAUGAUAUUAUUGUUAACUUUCUUUAUCUUUUUCUUUUCUCACAAGGCAUUCCUAUGGCUUCAGCUAAACUUAUAGUGGCAUGUGCCUUCAAUGAAGUUCGAGUGGUAGACAUAUCACGUUCACAGUUGCAAUCAGCUGCUAAAACAUUAAAGGUUCCCAUUAAAGAAUCUGAAUCAAGGUCAAAGGAGGUGUUGAUUUUCAAUGUUGCACAAGCUCUUGUCAGUAAAGGAUUUGUUAAAAUACCACCCAAAGAGAAAAUUUCAAGAGAUGAUGUUCAGAUCUUGAAGCCUUUUUAACUCACAACCUUGGUGGCCUUCCUGUUCCUGUUAUGUACCUUAGAAAAAGCUGUUGGUGUCGUCUCUUUAUCUAUAAGUCAUGAAUCUCAUCCUUCAAUGUACUUAAGACAUUCAAUGGUACAGAAGAGAAAAAUGUGUUAAUAUUAUCACUUUUGGGCCAGCUUUUACUUCUAAAGGCUCAUACUGUUAAUAUUUCUUUUUCCUGCUAAGUCAAAUUUGUUCUCAUUGUUGUCCUGUCUGAGGAUUUUAUGUGGUAAGUUAACAUGUGCAGGUUUCUUUAUAUUGUACCAGUUUUUGUAAUUACUAAAGAUGUCAGCCUAUUGUAUUGCCAGGUGUUAGGCGGUCAAAUCUUGUUCUGUAAAUUAUUGUCAUUUCUGAAGGAAGACAUUAAAACAUUCAUUAUUGAAAUGAUUUAAUUUCUAAACAUCGUUAUUAGCUCUUAGUUUAACAGACUGGCACAUAUUACUGUAAUGCAACCAAUGAGCUAAUUUACUAAUAUUGAAGAUAUAUGCCAAGAAGAAAAACCA